GCUAUUAACUGUGCUGGGCGUACAUUUUUAAUCUUUGGUCUUGGAGACACACUCAUUUAAUCAAUACAUUCUCCAAACAGAGAUGGUCAAAAGGGGUACGAGAUGGGAAGAACGACAUAUGAUCAGAGACGGAAGAGGAAGCGAGACAUCCCACUCCCUCAUUUUUUCUUGUUCAUAUACAUUAGACCAGACCACAGUUUAUAUCGCAUAGCCACUCCGGAACCAUGUUUUCAAGGAUAAUCGCUUCAUUUAUAUUUAUAUUAUUAUAAUAUAUUUGGUAUGAUGACUCUUUUGAUAUACUGAGGGGCGACGACCGUCGACCGCCAUCUUAGUUCAGGGCAAUAUCAUGCCGAAAAGUUGUUCUGCAUAUAACUGUACCAAUAGGUACAGCAAACAUACAGAUAUUACUUUUCACAGAUUUCCUUUCAGCAAACCAACUGUAUUUAGACAAUGGCUGGAUAACAUAUGCCGAGAUGACUUUUAUCCCAAAAAACAUAUGGUCAUCUGCUCACUUCAUUUUACUACUGAUUGUUUCAGCAGUUUAGGUAACCGCAAAAACCUGCUGUGGAAUGCUGUACCCACUCUCUUUACAUUCCCACCACCAAAUUCUAAGAAAAGAAAGUCAGGAAAAAGGCUCAAAAUGCUUCCAAAGUGUGUCAGUGUGUCCCAAGAAAAGAUGGAAACACAGAAUGGCCUGGACCCAGAAGAGAAACUACUAUCCAAAUCUGCAGAGGGCAACAAGAAAGUGAGCUUUUACCUAGCUGAGAAUUCUCAACGCACGAUACAAUCUUAUGCCUGCCCAUACUAUAACCCCACCAUGGGGCUCUCUGUUGACAACGUUGACAUCCGCAAACCACUCGCCCACACCACGCCAUACACGCUGUCUGCCAUCUGCUCAGUACAGUUGAAGCCAGGAUUCAUCCAUGAAGAGCACGCUUCUCCAGCGUGCCAGUGGCCAUCGAAGCAUGUCGUCAUCUCCGAUCACAGUUACUCGCUGUCCGACCCAUGUGCAGUAAAGGCCCAGCUAUUCAAAGCCUUGGAUACCAACAAAUGGCUCAACAGAAGGUUACAAAUGAAGAGCCAGCUGAUCAACAAGAUGAGGUUCAAAUUGAAGGCAGCACGCGGCGAGUUGUCAAGUCUACGCAGCUGGACGAAUCUGUCCAGGGCUGCUGGUAAAGUAUCUAUAUGGCCAAGUGUACAGAGGACAGCUGUGAAUGAUAUCAGCAGACCCAUUGAUUGACAUUGGUUUUAUUGGAAAGCUAUUUUGUAUUGGAACACAAGGAGUUAAAUUCAUUUGCUGAUCCUCUUCUGAAAACAUAGACCUUUUCCAAUUUCCUCUUGGUCAAGGAGUGCAAAAUAUUUAUUUUGGAAAGCUUUGCAGCCCUAUCCAUCUUGCUGACAUCUACAAAACCAUUCUUUGGAUAAUAUAGUAUACUUUUCCCACGA